AUGGCUGGGAGUUUGGGAUUUCUGAUCCUAGGACUUCCAGUGUUGACUUCGAUUUGUGAAUCGGCCAUUGUCAGUCCUGUGUCGGAAUUUCAUCGAGCUGCUGCGGCGGAGCUCUUCUUACCCAUUGAUGGGUCUUUUGGAAGCCUGGAGGAUACAUAUGAGGCAUUAAGGACAUAUGAUGUUCUAGGGAUUGAAAAGAAAUCUAAUGUAAGACCAUCUGCCUCGAAUGGAAUACUCAAGUGUGAGCUGAAUAAUGUUGCUUUUGAGGGAAUUGAAUCUAGAUUUAAGGAUUCUCUAAAAGAAGCCAAUUCACUUCUUGACUUUUACUACUCAAUAGGGAGUUUGGUGCUUAUAAAGGAUGCUUCUGGCUCUGACAUUCAUCUCGAAGAUGCUGACAAAGUUUUUCGCUCUGUAAAGACUCUCAGUGAGAGUGAUGGGCGCUGGCGCCAUAGUUCCAACAAUCCCGACUCCAGUAAUGAUGCUACUGGGGCAGCUUUAGAAGCUCUAGCUGGAGCUAUUUCCUUAGCAUCUUCUGAGAUUGAUCAAUCUCUGAUUACCACAUUGAAAAAUGACAUCAUAAAGCUUUUUGAUGGCAUCAAAAGAUAUGAUGAUGGCAGUUGUUACUUCGAUGAGAAAAUAGUUGAUACACAUGGGCACCAGGGUCCCCUUUCAGCCUCAGCAUCAGUAGUUCGUGGAAUCACAACUUUUGCAGCAGUUGCCUCUGAAAAUUUAAAUCUUCCAGGUGAGAAAAUUUUGGGUUUGGCUAAAUUUUUCCUUGGAGUUGGAGUUCCUGGAAGUGCCAAAGACUUGUAUUUACCAAAUUGA